CGAUUCUCGGCAUCUCCUAUUAGAUCCGCAACCCAACUUGUUUUUUCAUCCAACGGUUCCUAUUGAUUCUCACACUCACUCACCUCCCCCAUAAAUCAUUUGCCAGACUCCUCGUGCAAACGCCCACCAAAAACCAAACACACACAAAAAAAAAAGAACCAAAAACUUUGAGGUUCUUUGGUUUUGGUUUUGGGUUUGGUCUUAGGAGAAAAUAAGAAUCAAAAAGAAAAUGAAUAUGGUGAAUGCGUUAGAUUCUCCUUUAGAAGCACUUGCUCUUGAUUAUAUUAACGUUGGUUUUCUGACCAUUGUUAAUAAUUUGUGGACAUGGGUAGCCGUUAUAACGGCUGCCGUUAGUUUCUGGAGGAUCAGAGUAGCCACCGGCGGUGCCGUGGCGGCUACUUCCUCCGACGAGUCUCCAUCGCAACCGCCGAGAUAUGAUCAAAGCUCAAAUGGGUCAAAGCCGGUUUCAGAAAUAAAGGUUCCUGAUGUGCUGCCGCCACGUGACGAUGAGCCAGUUUCAAUUUCGGGUUCGGGUUCGGACUCAGACUCGGGGAUAAUGGAGGUUGACGACGUUAAAGCUGACGGAGUGACGAAGGGGGUGAAGUUUUUUGCUGUGUACUACGAGGAAAAUGAUUGUGGGGAAGAUGACGGAGAGUUAACGGCGGAGGAAAGCGGCGUUGACGGCGCCGUUAAGGUGGGAGAGUGGUGGGACAGCUGGGAGAGAGUGUUGAGGAUGAAGAUGGGAGAGAUGGGGUGGUACAAGUACCAGGACUUGACGGAGCUUAACGGUAACGUCGUUAGAUUAUGGGACAGUAGUUGUGCAAGUACAAAGGAAUUGAAGUACAGCUCAAAGAUGAUAAGCUGUGGUGUGUGGUAGUUGGGAAAAUAAUAAUAGGAAUUUUUAGAGUUCUCUCUAGCUUUUGAUCUUGAUGAAGAAGAAGGCUAUCACAAGCUGUAUAUAUAUUUUCUUGGUUGUAAAUGCAAUUAAUGGUUGCAUUAUUCAUCAAAGAAAUUCUCAUGGAUUUGGUUGGAA